CUAAGCGAUGAUCUUGUAUUGUAUUGGACCAUGUUUGUGGUUAUUUAUGUAAAUAUUUGGUGUAAACCACAGAAAGAGAAGUUGCUUGUUAAAAGGAAAUGAGUACGACAAGCAGAAAAAGUACUGUCCCCUACUAAACUGCAUUUGUGAUUCGCAGCAGGCUGUUUCUGUUGUGUGUGUGAACGAGAGAGCCAUGGCAGCAGGGACAUUAGACACAAUUACAACGAAUGAUGAUUAUUUGUAUGAUGAUAGCAACUCCCCCCCAACUCAGUCCUCAUUUGGCCAACCACUGGAUCCAUCAGCCAGUUCACAAGGAGGCUGGGUCAUACUCCUUGUGGUCAAUGUGGUCAUCUUACUGCUGGGGGUUUGUGGGAAUGGGGUGGUCAUCUGGAUAGCUGGUCUCAAGAUGAAAAAGACGGUCAACACCACCUGGUACCUCAGCCUGGCCAUCUCCGACUUCAUAUUCUGUGCCUGUCUCCCCUUCAACAUAAUCUACAUGGUAACAAAGGAGUGGAUCUUAGGGCACUUCAUGUGCAAGUUCACCUCUUUUGUGAUGUUCCUCAACAUGUUCAGUAGCAUCUUCCUCCUGGUCGUCAUCAGUGUUGACCGUUAUCUACUUGUCGUAUUCCCAGUUUGGGCCCAGAACCAGCGAACCGUGAGGAAAGCCUCUGCAGUUGUGGUUCUUGCCUGGGCCGUCUCUGUUGCACUGAGCAUUCCCUCCACAGUGUUUCGUCAAGUAACCACAGAUGGCAUAAAGUGCUUGAAUUAUUACCCACACCCAAACAGUCACAUAACUGUAGCUGUCAGUCGAUUUAUCAGUGGCUUUGUGCUCCCGCUCCUCAUCAUCAUCUUCUGCUACUCUAUCCUCAUCCUGCGACUGAGGACCAACAGGAUGACCAGGUCCUCCAAACCCUUCAGAGUCCUGACUGCACUGAUAGCCAUAUUUUUCAUCAGCUGGCUUCCAUAUCAUGUCUUCAUCCUUCUGGAACUUAAAGCCCGCGAUCAAACUUCUCUAACUGUUAUUCAUGAAGGGCUAAAUAUAUCUGCAACUCUGGCUAGUGCAAACAGUUGCCUGAACCCAUUUCUGUAUGCAUUCAUGGGCAAAGACUUCAAGCAGAAAUGCUGUAACUCUUUCCUUUCUAAGAUUGAAAAUGCUUUUGAUGAGGAGGAACGCUCUUCAAGGAGUAGAGGGACCUCUUUCUCCCAGGCUGAUUCAAAAGUUUAUACAAAUGUCUGAUUGCCUUUCAACAAAUAUUGUAAAACAGGGCAGACUUAUGCCCCUUUUAAGUAUAUUUUAUAUAUUGCCAAUACAAUAACCCAUUAAGUUCACAUAUUAAGGUCCAUAGUUGUAACAAUAUAAGAUUUGCUCUGUCUUAGCCAACUGUAAUGCAAACUAUGCAAAUGUUUUAACCCUGAGGAAAUAACUAAUUUAAAGUGGUUUCCUGUAACACCCACACAGUUGUUGUAACGGUAUUGUUCAAAUGUAGUUGAAUGUAAUUUUCAUCACCACUCAAGUAACAUGAGCAACAAUAUUGUACUGUAUGUUGUCUGCAUUUCCUGCCAUGCAUCACCAAUCUUUUAGUUGACAGGUUUUUGUGUAAUCAGAUUUGUACCAUGAAAUGUAAUUCAGCCCAUCGUGCCAACAUUCAUCUGUCAGCUCAUCUGCUGUGACACUGAAAGGUCAAGUGUAAUUACAUAUCCUAUAGAGGAGCUGAGAAUCUAAUUGAAGAGCCCUGUGUUUAUACUUCACAAAACCGCUGUUGGUCAACAAUUAUUUUGGAUGAACGUGAAGCCUUUGGAACUUCAUGCUGUACUAAUAUCUCUUACAAAUUGUGAAAUAGCUUUUUUCACAUGUUAAGCUGAAACUUUCUCAUGUGAAUCCAUAUGUUCACAUGUAUUAAAUUUAGAGUUUACAAGUUAACACCACCUUUCACAUGUGAGGAGAAUAACGUGUUUUCUCCUCCCAUGUAUUGCAAGUUUACAUGUAAAAAACAUUCACAUUUGCAAUUUCACAUGUAGUAACCAAAAAAGUUUUAAACAAAUCAAAAUAUAUUUUAUAUUUGUGAUUAUUCAAAGUAGCCACCCUUUGCCUUGAUGACAGCUUUGCACACUCUUGGCAUUCUCUCAACCAGCUUCACCUGGAAUGCUUUCCCAACAGUCUUGAAGGAGUUCCAACAUAUGCUGAGCACUUGUUGGCUGCUUUUCCUUAACUCUGCAGUCUGACU